AUGAUGGUCCGCCGCCCCGUCCGACAAGCUCCCCCAAGUCCGUCUAGCACAUACUCAUACACACUCAUCCUCCACCUUGUCAGCCUCUGGAGGCCUGACGCCGCCGCGAAAGCUCCCUCGGCUAGCUUACUGAUCACUACCUCGAUUACGGGCGGAUCUGCUGCACAGGAUGCCUGUUAUUCCCUUGUCGGGUUGUUGGUCGGCCGUCGGGAGGCUGGUCACACCAUUCGAAAUACGCAAAAACAUUUACAUAGUACCACUGUUAGUGGUAGGCGAAAAAAAGGCUCCUUUUGUAUCAUUAAACAUUGCGUCUCAUUUUUUCGUAUGCCACCCGCCAUUCUCUUUUCCGGGCGGACGUUGGUAUCUAA